AUGGUUUUCAAACACCAUCAACGUCCAGACGUCGAUAUGAGUGAAGCUAAAGCCUCUCCUAGGUUGUACUGGGCCGAGAAGCCCGAAACCGGUGUAGAAUCCCCACCUGCCUAUCGGCAAGCGCUCUUCAAAUCUGGGCCUCUUCAGGUUAAGAAAGAGAUGUCAACCCCAAUGAAGGAAUCAAGUAGCCGUAAAUGGCUACCGUGCCAUGUUUCAAUCAAUGGUACGCAAUUAGUUUUGAUCUCCGGGAAAUUGUUGGCAACUACCAGUAUUCUCAGCUUGCAGUACGCCCGAGUUGGUCUCGCUUCAGACUACACGAAGGUGGCCAACUGUUUUCGCAUUCGGGCCGAAGGCCAACAAUAUUUAUUCGCCGCAAGUUCACUCAAGGAAAUGCUUGAAUGGAUCCUGGCUCUACAAAUCGCUAUCGACUUGUCGCUACCCAUAGAUCUUCGGAGCAUGCCGCGCCUUCCAUCACGACGGGCGGCUUUGUCGUACGCAAGGAGUUUGGAACCUACCUACCAUCUUGAGCGGUACAUUUCACACGCUCCUAUUUGUGGGACUCCCAAGACUCCCUCAGGCUCGAUAAAUUCCCGCGGGUGCCCCCCCACGACGAAGGACUUCUGGUCCCUCAACAACAACGAUCCUUGGACUGGAAUCAUUUAUUACCAUGGCAGCUUUGCAUCUGUUGAGCAAUCCGGCAUUCUCCCCAUGAAGAGCUGA